AUGAACUGGAAACAGCAUAACUUUGAUAGCUUCCAGGGGCUGAAGGCAGGAGUCACAGCAAACACUUUCUUGGAGGAGCUUCAGAGGGCUUUUGGGGACUCCAAUGCGGAACAAGUUGCCACUGCUCAACUUAUGGGCCUCUGCCAGAACAAACAGUCCUUGCAGACUAAAUCCAAAAUGUUGGCUGUGGACGUGGGGUACAACGUGGUCACCACCACCAACAACAAGGGGGAAUACAAGAAAGGGGACCAAGACAACAUCUUCAUUGAGUUCCUUGAGUGCGGACUCAGUGGCAAGAUUGCCAGCCGCCUGUAUAACACCGGUGUUCCCUUGCCCAAGGCCUAUGGGGGGUUCAAGGCCUGGUGCAUCAACAUCGAGGCAAAUGCUCUGCACGACCAGCCACUCUAG